GAUGACAUAGUGAAUUGACAGAAUUUACGUCGCUGGGAGAUUGGGCUCUCGGCCAGCCACGGUAUCAAGUAAUAAUUCGCUCAGCCAAGGAGAGAAGAUACUGCAGUUUCGUGCCUUUUUAACAGGGAGUACAUAUUGUACUACUCCGAAACACCUAUACGUCGAGAAUUAGAUGCAUCUGGGAUUCGCUCAAAUCGUCAUCAUUUGGAUUCUGAUCUAAGGAGCUGAUAUCUUUAUUUUGUACAUUCUGCCUUCAUUAAAGUAAAGUACGUUCUAUCCUCUUGCCUCAAGACUGCUGAAUGAUCUAUUGGCUUCUGUUUCUUGGCAAAGUAGCCUUCUAGCCGCCGAAAGAAGAUAAUAAAGUACAAAAGCAGUUCAGUACGGGAUUUACAUCGUGAAAGUGUGAAAGUUUACUGCCUAGAAUUGACGAGAAGGGACGAAGUGUCUAAACGACACAAAGGACUGCUUGACCUCUUAGUAAUUACCUUCUGAAGGCUUUGAUCAUUUUUAUAUUAUCUUCAACCGAAUACGAAAUAUGUUGGACGGUCAAGGACCUUCACGGGGCAGCCAGGAAUCGAGUGAGGAACAGGCUAGCAGCAGUACAACUUCAAGAGCAGCUGCUAACGUGAAGAAGGAGUCGAAAUCAAGUUCCUCACGAGCACCCAAGACACGAUCGACGGCCGCUAAAAGAAUUCAAAGGGAAUUGGCCGACAUAACACUCGAUCCACCGCCUAACUGCAGCGCUGCGCCAAAAGGCGACAAUAUUUACGAAUGGGUAUCGACAAUCAUGGGUCCUCCUGGGUCAGUGUACGAAAGAGGAGUAUUCUUUCUGGAUAUCCACUUUCCUCCUGACUACCCAUACAAACCACCAAAGGUAACAUUUCGAACAAGAAUUUAUCACUGUAACAUCAACAGUCAAGGUCAAAUAUGUUUGGAUAUCUUCAAAGACAGUUGGAGUCCGGCAUUGACAAUCUCUAAAGUGCUACUUUCAAUAUGCUCCCUUUUGACCGACUGUAAUCCAGACGAUCCAUUGGUGGGAAGCAUUGCAACUCAGUAUCAAAGCAACAGAGCGGAACACGACAGAGUAGCGAAGGAAUGGACCAAAAGAUAUGCAACAUAAGUAACUAAAUCUCUUACGAUUGUGCCCAGCAACAGUUUGGUUUAAAUGUAGAACCACACCUAUGGCUAUGAGCUUUUAUGUACGCAAGGAUAUGAAAGAGUACUUAUUGUCCUCUAGACCUUGAAGUUUCGAUGUAAAUAUUAAGCGAUAUCUCUUACAGUUUGUUAGAUAUAAUUUUGGCACGUACACUACAGGCUUUUACAUAGAUCAGUGGCUUAGCUGGCACGUUGGGGUUAGAUUUAUGUAAAAGUCUGUAGUGUGCCUAUGCUUAUAGUAAUUUAAAGCGCCUGGGUACGAAGCUGUAACACUCCUGGCACAUAUUUUUACUUAGAAUGCGGAAAUUCCACGAUUUUAAUUAACCUUGUACAGUUAGUUUACCUUCCGGACCUAGGGUUUUUUUCAAUUGCAUAGACGCAACACAGCAAGUAUUUGUUAUUUGGAUAUUGAAAAUGAGUCCAUUGCCCCUAUAUAUUUUCAUAUAAGGAACGAGUAUAAAUACGAAAGAUAACGCUGGAGGAAAGAUUCGCGUGUAAAACAGGUGGCGCGAGACAAGUUUUUUAACACGUUCCUCGAUUGAUUCCCACAAUGAAGAGACGAUAACGCUGGAGAAGUUUUGACAUUACAGGUAGAUUUGCAAACUAGUAGGAUGUCAAUUAAACUAAUUUAACUUGUU